CGUGACGGAGGUGAAGACGGACAUCUACGUGACCAGCUUCGGGCCCGUGUCCGACGUGGAGAUGGAAUACACAAUGGAUGUUUUCUUUCGUCAGACAUGGACCGAUGAGAGGUUGAAAUUUGGUGGGCCAACUGAAAUUUUGAGAUUGAACAAUUUAAUGGUCAGUAAAAUUUGGACACCAGACACGUUUUUUAGAAAUGGAAAGAAGUCAAUUGCUCAUAAUAUGACUACUCCUAACAAACUUUUCAGAAUUAUGCAGAACGGAACUAUUCUUUACACAAUGAGACUUACCAUUAAUGCUGAUUGUCCUAUGCGGUUGGUGAACUUCCCAAUGGAUGGGCAUGCUUGUCCUUUGAAGUUUGGAAGCUAUGCUUAUCCGAAAAGUGAAAUAAUUUAUACAUGGAAAAAAGGACCCCUGUAUUCAGUAGAAGUACCACAGGAGUCUUCCAGUCUCCUCCAGUACGACCUCAUAGGACAAACUGUGUCUAGCGAAACAAUUAAAUCUAACACAGGUGAAUACGUAACCAUGACAGUUUAUUUCCACUUGCAAAGGAAGAUGGGCUACUUCAUGAUACAGAUAUAUACUCCUUGCAUUAUGACAGUCAUUCUUUCUCAGGUGUCUUUCUGGAUUAACAAGGAAUCUGUUCCAGCCAGAACAGUUUUUGGAAUCACUACAGUUCUAACAAUGACCACUUUAAGCAUCAGUGCCCGCCACUCUUUACCCAAGGUGUCCUAUGCUACUGCCAUGGACUGGUUCAUAGCUGUGUGCUUUGCCUUCGUCUUCUCUGCACUUAUCGAGUUUGCAGCUGUCAACUACUUUACCAAUCUUCAGACUCAGAGAGCAAUGAGGAAGGCAGCCAGGGCAGCAGCACUGGCAGCAGCACUAUCAGCAGCAACUGUACCGGCAGAGGACGAGAUUGUCUCGCAUUCUGACUCCAAUUGUAACCUGAAGAAGCGAGUGAACUCUGUAACUUCUCAGGCAGAUCAGUCUCCUGAAGCCAGCAUAAUAUCAGAUAUUGCAUCCCAGUGUCAACCAAUGUCUGUUGCUCCACCAGCCCCACCACCACCACCCAUUGGAGGGACAAGUAAAAUAGACCAAUAUUCUAGGAUCCUCUUUCCAGUGGCAUUUGCAGGAUUCAACUUGGUAUACUGGGUUGUUUACCUUUCAAAAGACACUAUGGAAUUUUUUGAACCAACUGCAAUGCAUCUUCGAAAUGAUCAGUCCAACUGAAGAACAGCAGGCAUAAUGGAUGCUGGUGGGAGUCAGAAGCACACAAGCAAAUGUUACAAGCAGCCAAAUAUAAAUUAAGGACUCCUAUCCUGAAAUUAAUAAGUACAUCAAAACUGAAUUUAUUUGCAAGAGAAAAAUGAAAUUCUGCAUUGAUUCAGGAAAUCCAGGGUCUCUUGCUUUUUCUAAACCAAAUUCUUAGCCACUAUGAGAAAAUGUUUAGGGGUUGGCUGAUUCCAGUAAGUUAGAGAGCUCUGUUGGCUCUGUAACAAUUUUAACUAUCUAAGGACAUAGCUCCAGCUGUUUUUCUCCUCCUGUUUCAAGAGACACAUACAGCUUUUGCUAGUAUAGUAACUGGAUCACUGCUUGAUCACAUGCUAGAUCACUUUUCAAACUCCCUAUUCUUUACCUCUGUAGAGCCUAGAUAUGGGCAAUUUAAGUACAGUUAAGUCAAUAAUUGCUGUCUACAGAAAGAAAUAUGCAAUUUGUUUUUCCCCACUGGCAGCAGACUAGCACAUUUGGAUGUAUUUGUAAGUGCACUGAAUUCUUUCUUCAGUUUCUUUGAAAACAAAUUUGUGAAAAUUUUCCCCAUUUUCAGCCUUCAUAUACUAUUUUUAAAAAUUAAAACAUGGACCCCAUGCAAAUUUAUAUAUUGUAAGAUGUAUUUACAUAUUAUAUUAUUUUGCAAAAAGCAAAAUGUAUUUUAGGGACACAGGUUAUUUUACAGUGUAACUAUACUUAUUUUUGCUUCACAGACUUAUUUUCUAUUCUGAAUAUGUUAAUAUAAUAUAUAUCAAGUAUCUUCAGAAUCCUUUAAAAUUGUUUUUUGCACAAAAAGUGUUUAAAAGCUGCAGGAGAACAAAAUUGAAGAAGCUGAAUUUUGUAUUGAAUCUUGCCUACAGAGAAAUCUUAGGAGAAGUUUUAGAGCAAAUCUGGAGAACUAUUGAAUAGUUAAAAAUUUCAUUGCAGUGUAGUAUUUAAAUGUAUAAAAUACUAGUAGCUGCCUAAUUAGUACGGUGUAUCAGCACUUUAAAAUGUACUAGCAGUUCUUGGUAUGGGACAUCAUUUUUCAACAUAGCCACAAAAACUGCUUAUCUUGUUUCAAAGGAGGACAAGAGACAUGUGGACAAGAUAGAGAAGAGUUGGUUCUCCACAUCUGAGUAUUAGUAAGGGAAUGUGUAUUUUUGCUAUUAAAUGCUUUGUAGAAAAAUGGGUAUAAUUAAUGGUAGUGUUAAUGUCCAGUUAUUUCUUAGAAUAAAUAUAAUUACUUGCUAUUUAUGUCAGUUCUUAACAAGCCUGGUUAUGGCCCAACACCAAACAAGCAAUGCAGUUAAGAACAGAAAUAGAAAGGCUUAUAUAUGUGUAUUUAUUUGUAUAUUUAUAUACAUUUUAUAGAAUAUAUAAAUAAUGUGUAUUUAAUACAAAUUUGAAGGAAAUUAAGUGAUGUGGGUUUUUCCAGCAUUUUUGAGCAUAUGUAAUAGGAAGGGCAGGAACUAAAGUAGCUGUAAGAAGAGAUUUUGCAUGUGCAAAACUGGACAGUGAGGGGGAGAAGGCUGGCAAUUACCUCAAGCUAUUACACUCUGGUAAUAUAUUAUUUGACAUUGACCUAACUUUCUAUGUAUCCUAGCAGGAAGUUUUCAGCCCACAAACCCUCAAAGAGGCAGUGUGUGGCUUGAAUUCAUCUUCAGUGCUUGCUUGAUCAGAAGUGGGAGAAACUGAAGAACUAAGGACACAAUUGUAGAAUUUUAUCUUAGAUACAAUAGAAACCUCAAUUACAUGUUAGUCUCCACUGUUUUUGUCUGGGGAGUUCUGAAGUUCUCACUCCACUAUUUUUUCAUGAUUCCUGAACAAAAUAAAAAUCCAACAGUUUAAGAUGUAUAUGGCACACUAGAUCAGCCCUGAGAUCAUCCAAUACUGUGUCCAAAGAAUAGUCCUUACCAGAAGCUAAUACAAGCAGUGUAUAAAUCCCUGAAAUAUGGAUGUGAAGAAAGUCCUGAAUACUCUUGUUACCAAUUCAGCUUAAUACCAAAUACUGUCCAGGGUUCUGAUGCAUCUUGUCAAGAUACUAUCUUAUUGUCUUUCUGUUAUUAUAAAUAUGUAAACAGAAUUCAGAUGCAACUUUGUCAUUGCUUAGUUUCAUUACAUUCUUAUUUCUCUUCCAGUUCAUAAGAACGUUCCUUAUCUACUUUAUAACAUUCAUUCUUGCAGGAUUUUCCUGUAAUCACUAAAUAAUCAAAGCCUUUCAACUCUGUUCAAAUGCUGUCCAUCACCUAGCUUUAUUAAGACAAAAGUUCUUAUCCACAAGCAGAACUGGUAGAGACUUAGGGAGAAUAAACUAUUCCAUUCUGCAUCACUUCAACACAAUCGUUACUAAAUUCUGAGCCAUGAGGCUGGGAGUAGCAAUUCUGAGGCUGGAGUGAUGGUUACAUAGAAAGAAUAGAGAUCCACACUUCAAUUCCAGAUAGCAGUUUGAUGUGAUAGCAACUGGGUGCCAGCACAGUGUAUUGGAUGUAGACAUUACUGACAAAGCAUGAAUGAAACUGAGCCAUGCUUUCUGUUUAUAUCUGAGAAGUCUUAAGACAUAAGGGUUGUCCAAGACAAAAAAAAAUCCAAAAAACCCGAAAGCACCCAUACAACUGUGAGCUAACAAACAGAAUUCUGCACAUCUUGAGUGUCCCUGGUUUACAAGGACAUAUUCUGAGUUCUGUCCAGAAACAAAAUAUACACAAUCUUUCAAACACAGAGGAGGAAAUAAUCCUAAUCCAUAAGUAUUUAAUAUAGUUGCAUAAAAUUAGGACAUCACAAGUCAUUGCAGAAAUUCAUAAAGCAUUUAAGCUACAUUUUUGCUAAAUCAAAACAAACACUUUGCAACACAGCUGGGUUGUUAUCAGAUCAAUUUUUUUUUUACAAAGAGGUCAAACAUGAAGAAAUUCAUGAAAACAUGAUCUAACCUCAGUUGUGACUGGACUUUUUUUUUACUGUAUAAAUAAGAGUAAACAUUUAAUAGUUUUAAGGUACUAAAUUCUUCACAUGCCUUAAGUAGCAAAUAAGCCUUCUUUGGGCCAUAUGAUUCAAGCAGUAUUGCAAAGAUUUGGUUUUUUUUCCACACCUGCUUUGUUAUAAAAUUUUCAUGGAGCAGAUGGAAAUGAUUUGGAACUAACAAAACUGGCAACCUAAAACUCUACUGCAGUGCUUAACAUCUACCCUUCAAACAAAAAAAAACAUUUACUGUAACUGAAUCCCGGCUUUGCUGUGGUUAACGUUAGGAAAUGGCUACUGUAAGAAGUUGACUUUUCUGAAGACUGUAAAAUGUGUGCGCCUACUUUGACUAUCUGGAAACAUGUUUCUGAACAGAGGUAUGGGGAAUGGUUAAAAGGUUUAAAAUCAGGUUUUAGAUCACAGAUGCCAGCUGUGUGAAAUAUCAUAAGAGACAAAUACUAAAGCUCAAACCAUGCCUUUUAUUGUUUGCGUCCACCCUCUUCCUGUUUACCAAGUGAUCCAAGUGACUCACUUAUUUAAGACAAUGCAGAUAACUUCUGAUCUCAUUGGGAAAAUGGUAUUAGAGAAUCAUUAAUUCCCCAGAUUAAUCUGUGGGAAAGUAGGAUUGUGGUGCUGAGAUAGACUGGAAAUGAUUGGAAAUGGAAUACUUUAAAGAUUGGAAUUUCACUGAAUAGAUUUUUUUUUUAAAGGCAGAAAUAUCUUUGCUUUGUAUGAACAAAUGGAUGCAUUUUGGCCAAUAAAUGUAAUCAAUGUGUAUUCUCAAUUUUAAUAAGCUAUAAAUUCCUCAGCAGCUAAAACCUGACAUGCUCUUUUUUUGUACUCAAACAUGUUUUAGAUAAUGAGUUAAAACUUCUGUUUCCUUUCUGAUCCAGUCUUCACAUUCAAAAAUCUAUGUUAAUUGCUUGGCACAAGAAGUCUACUUGCAGCUCAAAUCUAUUUGAAGGAAAAAUGAUUUUUUUAAAAAAAUCUCAGUUUUAAGUUUUACCCAAAUACAUUUUAUUUAGAAACUCUGUAGCCUUCUCAUUUGUUUCAAACAGAAUUUUGUGAACUAAAUCUAUUUGGGCAGGUGCCUUUUAGUACUGUGUAGUAAACAAUUAUCUGAACAGCUAACUUUUAUAAAUUGUUCCUAGGUUGCUACAGAUCAGCUGCACAGUCUCAAAAGAGUAACUGGAUAAGUAUUAAUAACAAGUAAUUUUAUAAUUCUAUGAAUACAUGUGAGACACCCAGAGUGCAGCCUCUGUAUUACCUAGUGAUCUGUUGGGUUGACUCCUGUGCUACAUGCUGCCAAGAGCAGACUUUUUUUUGUUAAUUAAGUUAAUUCAAAGCAUGAAAAAAGAAAAUAUUAAGAGUUAAAAAAAAUACAUUAAAACUGUAAUAUACCACUGAA